AUGGAACAGCGGGCAGCGUUUGAUGAAAUCAUGGAUCAUGUGGUCAACAGAAGGGGCAAGGUUUUCUUUGUCGAUGGUCUUGGAGGCACAGGGAAGACCUACUUGUACAAGGCAUUGAUUGCUAGGGUGCGCUCGCUGGAACUAAUAGCAAUUGCAACUGCAACAUCUGGUAUAGCAGCGUUGAUCAUGCCCGGUGGACACACUGCUCACUCAAGGUUUAAGAUUCCCAUCAAGCUUUCUGUUGAUAGCAUGUGUAAUUUCACAAAACAGAGUGGUACCACAGAGUUGCUUUGUAGGGCUUCGUUGAUAAUUUGGGAUGAAGUUGCCAUGACAAAACGACAAGCUGUUGAGACACUUGAUAGAUCACUGCAAGAUAUCAGAGGAUGUUCUUUGCCGUUUGGUGGAAAGGUUAUGGUCUUUGGUGCAGAUUUUAGAAUUGGCAAUGGCACUGAAAAGACCAUAGGUGAUGACUAUGUACGCCUCCCAGAUGAUAUUGUGAUAAGUUACAACACUGAAAACCCAGAUGAAUCAGUUGACAGACUCAUUCAGUUUGUGUUUCCGGAUCUUCAUAAAAAUUCUACAUCAACGUCUUAUAUGAGUGCGCGUGCUAUUCUAUCAACAAAGAAUGAUCAUGUGGAUGAGCUGAAUGCAAGGUUGAUUGAGAAGUUUCCAGGCAAAGAGAUGAUGUACUACAGCUACAAUUUGGUUGAUGAUGAUUCAUGCAACAACUACCCACUCGACUUUCUGAAUUCCAUCACACCAAAUGACUUACCUCCACAUGUGCUCAAGGUCAAAAUCAAUUGCCGAGUUAUCCUACUUCGGAAUCUUGAUCCUCACAAUGGCAUGUGCAAUGGAACAAGGUUAAUGGUUAGAGCUUUCCAAAAAAAUGUAAUUGAUGCUAUGAUUGUUGGUGACCAACAUGCUGGAAAAAUGGUUUUCAUAUCUAGGAUCCCUCUAUGCCCCUCGGAGGACAUUUCACUUCUGUUCAAUUUUAAGCGGAAACAAUUUCCAGUUCAUCUUAGCUUUGCAAUGACCAUAAACAAAACACAGGGCCAAACCAUCCAAAAUAUUGGUAUUUACCUUCCGGAGCUGACGUGCUCACAUGGCCAGCUUUAUGUUGCAUUGUCAAGGGGUGUGUCAAGGCAGACGACUCAGAUCCUGGCAAAGCCUAAUGAAGAAAUAGAUGCUAUUGGGAGAAGCAACAAAAACAUUGUUUACAAAGAUGUAUUGAAGCAGUGA